AUGUCCGAACUGCUAAAAAUUCGCGAUAUCCCUCAUGCCCAUAUCGAUGGAGAUAAUCUAGAUAUGGUAUAUCCUGAAGAGGAGGGCCCCGAGUUGCUACUCCUCAACCUUGAAUCGAUGUUCGGAAACUAUUAUCGUCACCGAGGAUGCAGCAAACUCAUCCUAUCAGGAACUGCAAUGGCUCUGGAGUAUGAAUCUAUCCAAAAAACUCUUCGAGCUGUCAUCAAAAAUUCUCUUCAAUUCCCGCGGGACACAGAACCUGCUAUUGAUCUCAGGGGGUUCAUCUUGACAGCGACCGACAAUACAGCCUCAGAGAGGCUACGGAAGAGAGAGAUAGGCAGUUUACUAGAUCAUCAUUUGGCGAGUAGCCUCCGAAUGGCAUCGGUACUGGAGAAGGAGGUCGGGGGAUGGGCUUGUCGAAUUUCGACGGAUGGUCGGACCGUGAAGGACGUCGCGGUGCAGAUUUUGGAGCAAGCAAACUGGAGCUAG